AUGUCCGUACAAGACCCGCGCAAGGUGCAGGAAUUGGUACAAAAGGGAUUGAGGGAGCUUCAAGCGAUGAAGGUAUUUAGUGAUGCUAUGCGGCAAUGUCCGGCGUUGAGGGUUGGCUUUGGCUUGAUACUGAUUGUUGUGCCUCGACAGCGACAAACCGUCAUUGGGCAAUUCUACCAGCUGGAUCGACUAGUCGUUGAAGGGGGUAUCUCGGUACGCAGUCACCCUGACGCCGCGGCCCAGUGCACAGUCGAGGCUGAUAUUUGGCAGGGCAAGGAUACCGCCAAGGACGGCCAGGUGGUUAGGCAGAAGGAACAAGGGCGAGAACUCGUCUUCAAGGUCUGCUGCCGAGCAGUUCAUGUCUGCUCAGCAAUGGCGCCAGGAACAAGACGCGCCAAUCGAAGCGGUUACGCCGAGCACGAUGACUUUGAAGGACUUCCUGUGCGACAAUGGCGGCAGGAAUGGGUCAAUGUAGCGCCGCCCCUCCCACAAGAGCCUCUUCAACAAAACGACGUCUGGGCCAUCGAACUGCUCCACGGCAUGCCCAAAGACUCGGCGUUGCUGGCACCACAUAGCCAGGAGCUUCUUCGCGCAGCGAGAUCCGGUCAAUUGUAUAAGCGACCUGCGCCCGCCGAGGAAGAAGAGGCUGAAGCUGAGGUUGCCCAGGCCGCAGAGAAGAAUGAGAAGAAGGAAGAGGAAACCACCGUCAAGGGGUUUUCCAUUAAACUGUGGAAGCAGAUUCCGCGAAACAGCGAAGGGUCGGGCUUGUCUUACCUGGCUAAACGGAGAAAGGGCACGGUUACGAUUGCAAGCAAGACCGUCGAAGACAGAGCUACAGGGCCGACUAUCACGAGGGCGACUGUGCGAAGAAUAGAUGCGGCGGGCAACCCGUAUACGGAGGAAGUGACACUUGCCGAAGGUCAACAGGUAGUUGGAGAGAUCAUUUCCACGCGUGUUGAGACAGCUUCAGCCCCAGCCGCAGAGGCAUUUGUCACUCCUGUGCCACCUUUGAGACGACGACCGCCACCGCCAAAGAGGAAGUCCAAGGCCGGCCCUGGGCGAGGAAAGAAGAAGAUUAAGAAUCCCCUUCCCGGCGAAGGCCAGCCUUUGGGUGUCGCUUCAGCUGGAGGUGGUGCGGCGACUUCUGUCAGGAUUGAGGGCCAAGGAGAAAAUGGAAUCAAUCAAGAAGGCGUCAGUACGUCUAAUCCCGACAGCGAAAUGGCGGAUGCCGACGAGGAUGAUGAGGACGAGGAGGUAGAUGAUGGUGAGGAUGGAGAAGACGAAGACCAAGAAGACGGUGAUCACCAGGGCGACAAUACCGACGACUCGAAGAUUCAAGACGAAGAAAUGACAGAUAUUCUGGAAGAACUCAAGCCUCCGAGCUCAAGCAAGCCAGCUGUUGACGCUACGGAUGACAUGACGCAGGCGGAAGUAGUGCCACCCAGUCCCCUCACCCUGGCGCCGCCUCUUGUCAGUCUUGCGACCAGCUCGCCAAAGCCCGAGGGUAGUCCAUUGAAGAAUGUGAUGCUGCAGUCGCCUACUGAAGUUCAGGGGGAGCAGGCGCUCCCUCCAGCUGUUAGCGCUGCGCGGGCAUUCGUGCCGGAGCCUACAUCAAUGCCGAACAUCGCUCGCCCGCCCAGCCUAGAACUGGAUCAGAGCCGCAUGGCUGACGUCGAGUCCAAGGUGGAAUCCAUGAUUGCCGAGCCACCCUCGACAGCUGCGGGAGAUGAGGAGACGGCCCUGGCGCGUGUGGAUAUACCCAUGGGUGAAGCACCGACUGAAGCAAGUCCCAAGAUGGAUGUGCUCACUCAGCAGGGACGAGCGGAAGAAAGGCUCGAGGCCGCAUCGCUGCCGAAGAUACCUAGCCCUGAGGUCUCGUUGACAAAAGAAGCCUUGCUGCCGCCCCCGCCCGAGCAGGUAGGCAACAUCUCCAGCCCAAAGGCAGACGACGGUCAAGAUAGAGCCUCAGACAGCGAAGAAAGAAGCAGAGCAAGCCAUCACUCUGAGCUCGCUUUUGUUUCCGAGCGCCCACCCUUACAGCCCCACGAUUCCAUGAUGACGGAAGACACCAUCAAACCUGAAGAUUCUGCGUCUGUAAGGUUCCCGCUUACAGAGUCUGGAGCUCCGUCAGAGGUUGGGACUGCAUCUGUAGAAGAUACAAAAGAUGCGGCAGUGCGAGCAUCGGAGCCAACAGAAGAGCAGCAAAAGGAGAACUGGCCGCCAAAGGACGUUUCUGCUCUUGCAGAGACCAAGGAGGACACGCCGCCCUUGGUCAAUGCUCAUCCAGAGCUAGAGAGAUCAGCAGAACCGGAGGCGUCGAGGGAAAAUAUGUCCAAGGAAGCUGCUUCUCCCAGGCCAGAUGCGAUUGUCACCGAGACUUCCCAUCCCGAAGUCUCGCUUCCCGUAUCCGAGCCGGAAUUGGUCUCUCAAGCUACAAAACCUACGCCACCCGCCCCAAUGCCAGAGGUCUCUCAGAAUGAACCCGAGUUGGCGCCUAAAGCGCCUGACGAGACGUCGCCCGGGGAAGCAACCGCUCAGGAAGCAGACACUCCCAUGAGAGAACCCAAGGCGGAGCAGGGAGCUUUGGAACAAAUGGAGCCAGUCAAGGAAGAGGCCAAGGACGAAGUCAAAUACGAGCCUAUGCAAGAGCCAACAAUUGAACCAGCACCGGAGCCAAAACCCGUCGACGACGUUUCAGCGCAAGGUCCAAAAGUGCCUUCUCCCCCCGCGACUGAGCCAGCCGCGGCAGACACAACUCGGGACCCUCAGCGCGCAGAAGCGGAAGCAGAAGCAGAAGAGAAAAAGGUGGACCAGCCAGCGGAUGCGCAGCUUAUUUAG